AUCACAUAAUAGCCUAAAAUAGAUUGAUCAGGCAUUUUACAUAGUUAAGGAAAAGUCAUCUCUAUAUAUUGAGGGCUGUAAUACACGAUCAAUAUACAAAGCAUCUUCCCUACUCUUACUUGCAACCUUUUCGCCAAUAAGAUCCACCUUCUCUCGAUUAUCAUCUUUAAGAAGGAGUACUUUAUAGUCUAAAUUAUUGAUGUUGCAAAGACACCACCAAAGUUAAAUUAAGUCACCUUCGUUGGUAGAAUUAAUCGCAGCAAAACAAUUUCCCUCAAUCAUUGAGUUUGAGAUGGAGGCUGAACGCAGAGGUGUGUUUCCAAUCUUAAGCGGGGGAGACGGAUGGAUUGGCCAGUAUUCUUCAAUAACAGAUUUCAAGCAGAAUUUGGGUGAGGAGGCUUUGAUUCAUGAGGAAUAUGAAAGAGGAUGGGUUUUGUAUGAGAAAAUGUUAAGCCAAUUCAAAAGAAUCAUAUCUCUGUUCAGAUUCAUUGCAUCGCCAAGCAAUAGGAUGGUGCACUCCAAUUAUUUGAUGCAAUUUUGGAGAGUCGUGAAAGUGGAAGGGAGCCAUCACUACCUCUCUUGUUCACACCUCCCUUUUUAUGUUGGAAGUCUACACAAGGGAUUAUGUAGGCUGAGGAAGCUAUGUAUCGAUCAGCAGUAUGUCGCCGGUGGAGAUGACGAGCAGCAGCUUGGAGGUGUGGGACGGGUGUAUCGGAACAUGCUACCCGAAUCCACACCUGAUCUGAGACUAUACUCCACCCAUGAAUUUCCGAUGCGGGAUGAAGCUGCUAGCUGCGGUGUCAGAGCUUACAUGGCACUGCCUCUAUUUGAUUCCCACACAUAUGAAUACUACGGUGUGUUGGAGAUAUUUCAAAGAUAUAAUCAUAUCCAUAAGAUGGAUGAUUUACUAUCUCUGCUGGAUGGAGCACUGCAGGUACUUUUAAUUAUAAGAUGAUAUCUGCUUACUUGCCAACUGAGUUGCGCUUUAUUGUCAUUUAUAACAUUUUAAUUCAUCAGUUCGCAGGAUUGAGAUCCAAUCACAAAUCCAUUGCUAUUACAAAAGAAAUGGUAAACAUAAUAGUGUUCAAUUAAAAAUGAACUAUUUCAGCGACUGUAACCUUAAUAUAUGCAGAGGCAGCCUGGAAGUGAAAUAUCAGAGGUACUUGAAUUGGCAAUGGCGACAAUCCCGCGAAUACAUCUGGCACAAGUUUGGAUCCCUUGUAACAAGCAAUGUGUUAACAUCUCCACCAACUUAUGCUGCAUGGAGAUGGUAUCCUUCAUAGAUUCUCAAACUAAGAUAUUCAAUUCGUGGUUUGAUAUUGAUGGUAAUAUGCUUGAUUAUCUUGAAGCUUGUGAAUUUCACAAGCUUCAAAUAGAUCUUCACAGUUUCCAUUCAACUGUAUGUGGUCUCACUAUAUCUGAAAAUUCGAUGGCUCACUAUGUCCAGCGGGCUAGGAUGUCCCAUUGUAUUACAGUUUCUCAUCAUAGCAAUGACAAUAAUUUGUACUAUGUCAUUCAAUUUUUUCUUCGACCAAAGUGUACACGCGACGAUCAUUCUCUAAACUUGCUCUCAAGGAUACUGGAGAUCAAUCUCAAGAGUGUGAGUGUAGUGUUUGUAUCUGGAAAAUCACUUCUAGAGGAAUAUGUAAGGCCUGAUGCAAUUGAAUGCGAGUCAAUUGAUAGUUUCAGUUUGAUCAAGUCUUACAAGCAAAACCUUUUGGAGUUAGACAUGACAACAUAUUUGAAGACGGUCGACUCAUGUUGCCUAAAACCUUCCUCUGCGGGUACCGACAAAGGAUUAGUUUUUUCCUUGCCAGCUGAACAAAGCGUACAUGUUGAAAGUUACUCGUUUGUGGUCAAGGAGAAGAUGGAAGGUUUAAUGGAGAAAAUAGCAACAAAAUCUUGGAAACACAAUAAUUGGAUAGUCCAAUUUUGGGUGCCCAAAAUGGAGAAUGAUAGGUGUUGUCUGAAAACUUCAGAUCAACCUUAUGCUGUUGGCUGUCUUGCAAAGGGUGUAGCUUCCUUUAGGAAACAAUGAAUGGAAAAUUACUAUUUUGUUGACAACGAAGCCAAACAAGAUGAACUCGGACCCCCUGGACGUGUCUUCAGAUUCAAACAUCUUGAAAUAAGCCCUGAUCUCUCCUACUACACUAGAGAAGAAUUUCCAAUAAGAAACUUUGCUAUGCUUUCUUUCAAUCGUGGAUACUUGGCUUUACCCGUAUUUGAGAAUGAAGGUAUAGGAAAUCACAAGAUUGUGGGUGUGCUGGAGUUCGAUUUUAUCAUUCUGACCUUCCCGUCAUCAGAAAGCUAAUGGAGGUACCAUCUCUUGCCAUUUUUGACUUGUUAUAUACUAAAAUUGUUGUGAAAACUAUGUAUCCAACGCAGGCAACCAAACUAUGCUCGACUCACAUAGACUACCACUCGGGAUUCUUAGCAAAUGAACCUGUCAAUAUUUUCAAUGGCGGGGAAAAAGCUUUGAGAGAAGUCCGUAAUAUCCUUUUCCUAACCCGCUGCGUCAUUCCCCAACUCUAUAUGGCAAACGUUUGGGUCCCUACGGGAGAUUGUGGUAGUACUACUAAUAGUAAUAGGAGUUGCAUGGAGCUGACAUUGUCUUCUAAUUAUUACAUGAAAUCUAUGGUUACAGAGCCAGUUCACCGGAUUCAUGUUCGAGCCAGAAAAGGUCAUCGGAUUCAUGUUCAAGCCAGAAAAGGAAUGAUUGGGAUGGUAUUGGCAUCAGAAAACAAAUCAUGUUUUUGUCCAAAUUUAAGUGAAUUUAGCAUAGUUGACCACACCAUGUCACACUAUGACAUGAGGGAUCGACGUGAAGUUUGUUUUGCAAUUUGUUUGCAAAGUUCAGAUAGCGGUAAUCUUGUUUAUGUUAUGGAGUUCUUUCUCUACCAAGGUCCUGCAACACAUAUGUAUGUUGGGUCCUUCUUGAGCCUUCUAUUGCCAAUACUAAAGCAUGGAUUAAGAUCAUUUAAGCUGGCAUGUGGAAAGCAACUUGGAGAAGAACUGGUGGUUGAAGUUAUUGAAUUUUCUGAUGCAAACAAACUUGAUUCCUCUGAAUUAGAGCCUGCGUGUGUGUAUCCAGUCAUAUUUAAAAGUGUGCAGUAUAAUCAAAAGGGGUGCCAUCACACUGAAGUACAACAACCGAAUGAGUAUCAUCAUAUCGAAGAAGAACAACACGCAGAAGAAUGCAAUGAAGAACAACAACAAAAUGUGUACCACCAUGCCGAAGAAGAACAACUCGCCAAAGAAUGCCCCGUUGAUAACUCACAUUUCAGUACACGAGAAAGAGAGAAGAGAAAAUCCUCCCUCAAUCUUAGCGCUGAGGUUCUCGAAUCUCAUUUUGGGAAGAAGCUAAAAGAUGUUGCAAAAGAGCUCGGUGUUGGAAGGUCAACAAUAAAGCGUGCGUGCAGGGAACAUGGCAUUCGGAGGUGGCCAAAUAGGAUAGAACACAAGACAAAUCGUUCCCUUUUUGAAGAAGAAAGUGCUGCAGAUUCAGAGCAAGACAUGUUGCCAUCAACCGACAAUCUUCAUACAGUAGAUAAUAUGACACAAAUAAACACAGGAAGUGCAGACAAGGUGAUUAUAAAGGUGAAGUAUAAAGAAGAUUUAAUAAAAUUUGAGUUGUCUCUAUCAUCAUUAGGAUUGGCAAAGCUUAGUGAAGAAGUGGCGAUGAGUCUAAAUCUGGAGAUGGGUAGUUUCAAGUUGAAAUACAUGGAUGAAGAUGGAGAUGAGAUCUUAAUAACCAGAGAUGUUGAUUUGCAACUCUGUCCAAAAGCUCGAACAACAAAAGGCGAGACACUCAUCCAACUGUUGGUUCGAUGACAAUACUAGCUCCACUUUUUUCUUUCAAUUCAUUUAUGAACAAACGUCUUUGUAAGUUUCUAGACUGAUUUGGCUCACACAUUCUGCUCUGUUAGUCUGUUUUAUCAGUAUUUUGUUUUCAGAGUUUUAGCUGAGGAUUGCACUUGGAAAUAUAUGCGGUUGGCUAUAUCUGAUCUACAGUUGACUAUAUGUAUUGAUAUACAAAGGUUUUGUUAAUUUUUCCUUUUAAAGUUUAUGCAAAAUUUGAGAGAGCAAUAUCUGGUUU